AUGCCGCUAGAGCGGCUAACGGACGACCUGGUGGUGGAAAUCGCCCGAGAAUUCCCCACGCUGAGCAACCUGAAUCUGUCCAAGAAUGCCAUCCGGGAAAUCGACUGCGAUUUCUCUCUCUUGCGUCACGUGAACCGUCUAAACCUGAGCCACAACCAGCUCGACGACCUGCCGGUCACGCUGCACGCCCACCUGCCACAGCUGACCCAGCUCCUUCUAGCUCACAACAAAUUCACGUCGCUCCAAUCGCUCCAGUCGCUAAAAACCAUCACACAUCUGGACUUGUCUGCAAAUGCCAUUGACCACCUCGACCAACUCGACUACCUCAAGGACCUCCCUUUGCUCUCCGACCUCAGCUUACACGGCAAUCCAAAGUUGGACGCUUUGGAUAGCACCAGGCGUUUGCACAUUCUCCGUCGACUGCCACAACUGCAAACUCUAGAUCAAGAACCUGUUCGGCCUCAGGAACGUGAACAAGCCCGACGAUUCGGCGUAGCAACUUCCGUCAACCAACCCCUUACAUCCUCCCUCCCUCCAGCUUUUCGGUUGCCACUGCCUAGUCCGUUGACCAAUACAUCGCCCUUACCACGGACCCCCGUGGUUUCGACUCCCAGUACCCCUCCACAACUCUUGCAUUUUCAGCAGUUAGCUCCAUCUACCACGAGCCAUCCACCACCUCCACCUCCCUCCAACUCGACCAAACAACUAGAACUCAUGCAACAUCGCAUCCAUGCCUUGCAAGAAAUCCUCACCCUUCAAGAAACGGAGCUGUCGCAUGCCGUUGUAUCUGCGACAGCGCGAAAACAAUUGAGUCAUGUAACACCCGAUCCCCCGUCGAUGUAUCAAAAGCUGUUGGCCAAGUGGCGCACCAAAGUGUUUGAGAUGGUCGUGGCGGCCAAGUGCCAAGACAUGGCAAGCCAUGAACUAGGGCAGCAAGCGGCGCGGUCUGUCCACAUCAUGGAGACGCGGGUGGCUGACCACGUGCGGCAUAUCCAGUCGCUGACCCAGCGCCUCGCGGAUGCCGAUGCCGCCGCCCGCCUGCUCCACUUACAACUCGACCAACUCCACGCCGAUCGAACGACUUUGCAAUCCAAAUGUCAGCGCCAUGUUGUCACUGUCGAAAGUGAGCGGCAACGUAUGCGCGAGAUGGCACAUCACGUCAUCGCGUCUGUGCAGGACAAUGGGAUGGUGCAGCGACUGCAGCACAUGUACACGAGGUUAACAGACCACGAGCAAAGGCUGAGGCGGCAAGUGCAGCAUGCUGAGACGCUGGUCGUGUGCUUAGCCCGGAAGGAAGCGCGGCUUCGGAACCAAGAGGCGGCAUGGGAAGGCGAGCGCCGGGUGUGGAUCAAGCGGCUUCAAGGCGCCAACGUGGCAGACACCAACACUAGUACUACUACUGGGAAACCAGCUACUACGCUACACAAUCUGCCACCAACCAAGGCCAAGAGUUCGUUCAAACUCAAACCCGAGUCGGAACACGUACUGCGCGCCGUGUUUCACCGAGUGGAUCCCUAUCAAACGGGCCUGGCACCGACCAAGCGGUUCAUUGCGGCUCUGCAAAAGGACUGGACUGUGCGGCAAGAGUUGGGGGCCGCGGGGGUCGAUAAGUUGAUGGCGGUGAUGAGCCAUAGUCCGUUGUUUGGAGUGACAAAACACGUGACGUGGGGGGAAUUUGUGCUGCUGUUUUUGCCGGAUUUGUCACCUCUGCCAAAAGACGCACCCGUGGUCGACAACGUACCUGAAACCUCGGAUGGGGUCCCGGUGCCGUUUGAGGAGGGGUCGAAAGUGACAAAACCCGCACUCACGCUGCCAUUGAAUCUGGACGAAUGGACUCGUGACCAAUUGGAAUGCCACGUCGUACAUUUGGAGCAGGAACGGGCGCGGCUUGUGUGUCGCGUCAAGGAGGACGCCAGCGAGUUGCAACAUCGCGUGCGCGGCGUGCAGCAGCAGUGGCACGUCAAGUGCGACGCCCAAGUGCAGUCGAUGGCGGCACUUCAGGACACGAUUCGAGACUUGGAGCGCACGCUCGCGUUGCAAACCAACGCCCACGCGCAUGUAGAAACCCAACUCGCCGAAGUUCGUGCGCAAAGUGCCACGGCCGACAGUGCGUGGCGCACUCAAGUGCGCGAACUCGAGCUCAAACUCGACAGUGUAUCCCGAGAGCACGACAAGGCCAUGGCGCGCCUCGAGGAAGCCCAUGCGAUGGCGUUGCAGGAUGCGGCACUUCAAGUGCGGCAGGCCCAGAAAGACCAGGCCAAGCAAGACGUGUACAUUCGACAGCUGGAGCGGCAACUGAAGCGCCUUCAGGACUCGGUGGUGGCCCAAGAAAAGGACGAACUUCAGGCACUCGCUCGUCAGCUUGAAAAGCGGGACGUGGAAAUCACCAAAUUGCGACGCGAACGAAAUGCCUUGUUGACCACCCUUCGAGAACAGGAAAAAGCGCCUAGUCCGAUCAUGGUUGAUCAAGGAACAGACUUGCCGGAACUCGUCGUUGCCACCGUGGAAACCAGCGACAAGGUAACGACGCCUGCGAUACAGUUGCAAACUCCAAGGAAGCCACAGACGGCGGCACCCCCUGCGACUCGGUCAGUACCACCGCCGACGUCUCUCAGCCAUCGGAUGUCUGCGCUGACGUCUCAAGCAAAUCGAUGGCUCACCGACGACGACGACUGGGCCCAUGACGAUGUGUAAACAAAGUGUGGCGUUAUUCGAAGAUCACCAACUAUUAGUGACCACCAUACGCCAAAGCUUUAACCUGUGACAGAGCAAUGUACAAUUAAUUUGCAAUAAGUUUUAAGAGUAGCUAGC